AUGGCACCUCGUCGGCACUUAGCGCAAGUUCAAGGCCUGGUCGGCGACGAGGUCGGGGGUGUCACCAGGUGCUGCGUACCUACGGGAGAGUGCCUGCGCGCCCAGCAGAAUAUGAACAACAAUGACCACAUGCUCAUCUCUUUGGACGAUCUUCGGGACACCGUGCGAGUAACUUGCAAUAAUGAGUUAUGCACUUCGGGUCGGUAUAUGCACCGCGAGUGCUUCGAUCAGUGGGAACAGUCCGUCUUAAGUUAUUUGAAGACAUGCGGAAGGGCUCGAUCUUGGUCCGAACGCCAAAGGCACCAGAACCUGUGGACCAAGAAGGGUUACGAUUUAGCCUAUAAGGCUUGUGCGUGCAAGUGUGGUCGCGGACAUCUGAAAAAAGACUUGGACUGGAUGCCGCCUCCGCCGACUAGCAAUAUCUUCGGCAGGAUCGAAGAAGUUGAUAACGGUAAAAAGAAGAAGCGAAAGAAUAAGAAUAACAAUUGCCGGCCUAUGCUUGCUAUCACCGGUAACCACCCUAUCGGUACCGAGGUUAGGGCUAGGACCGGCAGUUUGUCCUGUUCUAGUACCGGGUCUUCUAGUCCACCCACGUCUGGAAGCGAGCCCAGCAUUUCGCCAAUACACGCUCACUCUAAGAAGAAGAGCAAAGUCGAAAUACAGGAGAGAAUUCGUAUUGGAGGUGGAGCCAAUGGUAUAUUCACGCGAAGAUUGGAUUUCAGUUCGUUCAACGCACUUCCAAAGAAUAAACUCAACUCCUAUCAAAUUAAGACGGAGGAUGAAGGUAACCACGGCAAUGACGAUACCCGCUGCUUCAUUCUAUCCACUUUGGCAUCUCAAGGUCGCUCAAAAGUCCACUGCGUCCUUUGCGAAGAGCAGUUGCUAGUUUUCGACAGAUAUCCACUCGUAGAUGGAACAUUCUUCUUGAGUCCACGACAACACGCCAAAAGCUGUAUUGAGGUGAAAGUAGAAGGACGUACCCAAUUUCUCACUGUCGUCUGCAUGGGUUGUCUAGAGGGCGUGAAUGGUCGCGCCAUUGUAUGCAGAUUCUGUAACCAGAAAUGGGACGGAUCAUCCCUGGUUCUCGGUACCAUGUAUUCUUAUGAUAUCUUCGCCGCCAUGCCAUGUUGCACUGAGAGGAUAAAGUGCAACUCCUGCUACAAACCAGUCCUGCAUCCGACACAGCGGCUGAACUUCUUCAGCGACUACAGCCACAUGGUUCCAUGUCCGCAUUGCCGGACCCUCGACACUCACUUCGUGAAACCUCUCGGUUUCUGCUACGCCCGUCAGCUGUCGAGGGCUCUACAGAUGAUGUGGCCAUAG